AUUUCAAUUUCAUACUAAUUCCUUUUUUUUGUCUAAAUCAGAGAGUCCAUAUAUUAUCUAAGGCCUUUAAAACCAUACAUUGCGCCAUUGACUUCUUUUCCUCAGUAAGUCAACUAUCUUGUAUAGUCUCUAUUUUGAUCGUCAUUUUCUCUUUGUGGACUAAACGAUUCAGAGAGGGUAAUGGGUAAACUUUCUGGAUUUGGUGGCUAUAUCAAUCAGAACUCUCAACAGCCUCCUAAGGCUGAGUCUAAGAGAUCUGAAAAUGUGAAAUCUAAGUCAAGGCCAGAGAUAAAUGAUCACGAGGAGAGAGAUGAGAUGAAGGAGCAAUUAAAACUUUGGAGAGAUGCAGAGAAGAUAAAUCAAUGGGAAGAUCUCCCUGCUAAGGUGAAGGUGGAAACAGAAGAUGGCCUUUCCCAUGUGGACAUUGUGUUUAUAUUGGGAUUGCCUCCUCAAGCAGCCUACGACGUUUUAACUAAUCCAGACAACCAAGCAUACUCCAGAAUAAUCAAUCAGCGCCACGAACUUUUGGAAAACGUGUCAAGAAAAGUUGUGAAGGAAGAUGGAGCAAGGCUGACGGUGGAGUCGGAGAAAGCUGUGGCCUGGAAGUUUCGUUCGUGGUCUGGAACUAUCCCGAUAACUCUAGAUUUCGUCGAAAAUCGUAAAAAUCUUUCUGCAGUAUAUAUGAAAAACAAAAUGAAGUUCAUGAAAACUUUUGAGGGUAGUUGGAAAGUGGAGCCAGUAUACGUGGAUUCAGAACGCUUGUGCAAGAACAUGAAGCCAAAGAGUCGAGAAGAAUACCAAAAAUGUAGCGGUGGACAAGGAAGGAUUGCGUCGAAGGUGACAAUGGAACAAACCUUUCAACCUUCUACUCUUUUGAAUCUACCACCGCUUUCUUGGUACAUCCGCAAGAUCACCAUCAAGAUCACCAAGGAUCUAGUACAAGAUCUUCAAGAUAGGGGCGCCAUAAUACGAGGAGUUUGAAAUGCCCUCAAACCAUUUUGGUAUAAACAUUUAUUAGUUCUCUAAAUCCUCUUUAUUCAAAGUCACUUUGUUCAUCUCAAUACGUAUGCUUUACCGAAUACAAAAAAAAAAAAAAUGUGUAUCAUGUCAUUAUUAACAAGUAAAUCAGAAAAAUAAAUAUUAACA